GUUGCCUUGAACCAUUCCUUUUCCUUUGUUCAAUUAAGACAACUGGGUCAAUCAAGGGCACAAGGUUAACAAUCUACUGGAUAAUGCAGUCUUUUUCAAUCCCUUGAAACCUCCCAUACACACACACACACAACCAGCUCAUCAUGGCCGACGAUUCUGCCCCCCUCGCUUCCCUCUCGGUCACGCAUGUCUACUAUGACCCCGAAGAUCACCUCUCGCUCGUAUGCGCCUACCUCGCUCUCCUCCCCCAAGCGCUAUGCGUCGUCUAUGCUACACUCGUGCUCUUCACCCGCGAGGUCGAAGUCGGCCUCAUGUUCCUUGGCCAACUCGCCUGCGAAGCCCUCAACUUUGCUCUGAAACGUCUUAUCAAGGAAGAACGACCACGUCGUAUACACGGGAAAGGCUAUGGUAUGCCUAGUUCCCACGCCCAGUUUGUCGCUUUCUGGAGCGUCUCUCUUGCGCUGUUCCUGCUUGUCCGUCACAAGCCCCCUCGCGUGCUCAAGAGCCGCGCGGACAGCGGUGUGCACCGACCAUGGAGUGUUAUCGAAAGGAUGGCAGUGAGCAUGGCUGGCAUGGCGAUUGCGGCAGCGACGGCGUGGAGUAGGGUAUAUCUUAACUAUCAUACCCCUAAGCAGGUCGUUGUGGGCUGCGCUGCUGGUGCUGUGAGUGCGAUUGGAUGGUUUAUCAUCGUCGCCAUUGUGCGGCAGACGGGCUUGUUAGGCUGGGCCUUGGAGACCCCUUUGGUGAGAGCCUUUAGAAUUCGUGACUUGGUGGUGGAAGAGGACAUGUGUCAGGCAGGUUGGGAGAAGUGGGAGGACCGAAGAGUCGCUUCUCGAACUACAAAGAACAGAUAGAGAAACAAUUGCAGGAGAAUUUGCGCGAGAUAUCAUGAAACCAUGAUUCAGUGUGAUGUGGCCAGUGUACAAUUUACAUCACAUUCAAUGAA